AUGGGCGCCGUCACAACGUUGACCAUAGUAGCUCUCAUCGCGGACGUCGGUCAUGAACACGUUGCCAUUGCCACGAGCUGCUAUCCUGCAAAACGAACUUGGGAAGCGUAUCGACGACCGAGAGGUAAGUUAUUACAGCAAUUUCUAGCUAAAAUCCAGACCAUAGCUUCCAUCCGAGAAUCAUCUGCGUCUAUCCGAUAUCUCCAGGAGCCCCUCAAAUCCAUCGCCAUGGACUCGUACCAAAAAGCAUUGCAUGCAGUUUUCAUUUGCGCAAUCGUCCUGAGCGUGGUGUACCUCCUCGCGGGUCUGGGAAUACGGGAGAUUGAUAUGCAUGCGAAGCCUGAGCGAGUUGAGGAUGUAGAGGAGGUAGAGGAGGUAGACGCCUGA